AUGGCCGCACAUUGAUUCAGCUCCAAGCUUCCCGGGCAGAAAUCAACAAUAUCGGAAGAAUUAUACCACUAUGGGGAAUCCCAAACGGCAGCAAAAUGCUCACACGCACCUGGGGAAGACACCCCUGCAAACCGCAAACCGGGAUCGGUAACCUGCAUCUUCAAAGAAUAUGCCGACCGCGUGUCAGACCAUGGGGAAUCCAAUAUGGUGCCGGCGGCGGCCCACACGGAUUCAGAUCCGCCAAGCCCCACUGCCUCUGAGAGCUCCAUGAAUUCCACACACAUCGACAUUAAGGAAAUCCUGAGGAACCUAUCAUCCAGGUCAGGCUUAGCACAAAUGCUAGGGAAGCUGGAAACUACGUUCCAACAUAAAAUGGAGGGCCUCAGCUCCGAGAUCAAACAG